CCCUCUUCCUGGCCUCCAGAUGGUGCUAAACUACAGUUCCCAUCCUCCACAGCCAAAGGGGGCAUCUUACAAAGUCAAGGGGUUGGUUUGGGUUGAAAAGAGGAUAUUGGACAGGGGAUAGAUGAUAGAUUGCUAGUCAGAGAGACAGACAAUAGAUAAGUAGAUAGAUGACAGACAGACAGAGGAAAGAUGAUAGAUAGAUAGAUAGAUAGAUAGAUAGAUAGAUAGAUAGAUAGAUAGAUAGAUAGAUAGAUAGAUAAGAGAGAGAAGAUAGAUAAGAGAGAGAAGAUAGAUAGAUAGAUAGAUAGAUAGAUAGAUAGAUACUGUGUUUCCCCGAAAAUAAGACCCUGUUAUAUUUUUUUUUACCCUGAAAUAAGUGCUUGGCCUUAUUGCCAUGUGCUCAAAAGCUCGAUUGGGCUUAUUAUCAAGGGAUGUCUUAUUUUGGGGGAAAGAAGGUAGGUAGGUGGGUAGGUAUAUAGAUAGAUAGAUAGAUUGAUUAGAGGCAGACAGACAAAGAUUAGAGAGAGAGAAACAACGAUUAUACAGGUAAAGAGAUAAAUGGAUAGAUAAGAGAGAUUGAAAGAGAUGGAUAUAGAGAUAAGAGAUAGACAGCUGGGUAGGAUGGCUGGAUGGAUAGAUAGAGACAGACAUGAUGGCUGGAUAGAUUGGAUGGAUGGAUGGAUAGACAGACGGAUGACUGGAUAGAUAGGAUAGACCCGUGAUGCCGAACCUAUGGCAUGCAGAGCCAUCUCUGGGCACACACGCCAUUGCCAGCUGCUCUUCUGGUUUACUGCAGUCAGCUGGACUUCGUGGGCUCUGGAAAACAGCCUGAAAACGGCCAAAAAACAGACCAUUUUUCAGCCUGUUUUUCAGGGCCGUUUUUUGGCCUUUUACAGGCUGUUUUUGGGGCCGUUUUCCAGGCUCUUUCCAAGCCUUUUUCUGGCCAUUUUCCGGGGGGUUUUCAGGCUGUUUUCGGACCAAAAACACCCCAAAAUGGCAAGAAAAUGGCCUGAAAACGGCCCAAAAAACAGGUAUGCAUGCCGGCCAGCUGGUCUCCAGUUUGGGCACUCAGUGCCGAAAAGGUUCCGCAUCACUGGGAUAGACAGACAUAGACAGUCAUAGACAGAUAUAGAUAAUAGAUGUAGAUAUAGACAGACAUAGAUAAUAGAUGUUUUGCCACUUUUUCUGACCUUUCUUGCCACAAUUGUGAAGUGAUUCACUGCAGUUAAAUGAAGAGCAAUUCAUUUAACAACUGCAGUUAAGUUAGUCACACGGUCGUUAAGCGAAUCUGGCUUCCCCAUUGACUUUGCUUGUCAGAAGGUCAUAAAAGGGGAUCUUGCAUGAUCUCAAAACAUAGGUCAUAAAUAUGAGUCAGUUUCCAAGCAUCUGAAUAUUUGAUCACAUGAGAUUGGAGAAUGUUGCAAUGGCCGUAAAUGCGAAAAAUGGUCCUAAGUCACUAUUUUUCUGUUCAUGUUGCAACUUUGAACGGUCCCUAAAUGAACUGUUUAAAGUCGAGGACUACCUGUGCAGUGUGUAUAGAGCCUCUUACACCAUCUACCAACCCUGUUCUCGCAUUCUCAAGUGACCCCCUAGCCAAGCACACACAGAACGAAUUGGAAAAGGUGGCCUUGCUUGAACUUUUGAGGGGUGGAAGGGUUGCAGGGAGGUUAAACAUAUGCUUCUAGCUUGAAAGCCCCAGAGCUGCUGACUCAUCAGCCUGGCAGAAAGUUUGAAUUUUUUUUCUGUGUGUGUGUUAAAAAAAGGAACAUUUCCAAGGCAUAUUUGUAUGGGCUUGCAGCCGUAAGAAAUGAGGGGGAAAAGUUAUAGGAUCAAAGCUGUGGGAAGCCUAGAUUCCUGGUAAGAUUUGCUUCCUUGAUCUCAAAAGCUGCAUCGCGCACAUUUUGAAUUGCCGAGGAACAGUCUCCAAAUUAAAAAAAAUAAGAGUUAAAAGCGUUUCAGAUGAUGAAAAUGAAGCUGCAUUAAGGAAGUAGAGUCCGAAGCUUUCACUUGUUUAUUCACAACCUUUUUAGAACAAAAACUACACAUUUUAAUUGGCUUAUUCCACAGAAAAGAGUAGAAUCGAAUAGAAUUCUUUAUUGGCCAAGUGUGAUUGGACACACAAGGAAUUUGUCUUGUUUAGUUUAUGAACUGGGGACGUUGUUAAUCAGGGAUAUUUUAUUCUUUCUUGCUGUAAUAGAGAGAAGCUUUUGAUUGACAGCUUUAGAAGGAUCUAUGGGUUCUUGACCAUGGUCAAGGUGUCUCCUACUUUAAGAGUUUAUUUUAUUUUAUUUUACUUGGAUCAUAUAACUGCGGGAAUGCUGCAACGGUGAUAAGUGGAAGCAUUGAAGACGAGUUCCUUUUUUUGUAAUUUUGAGCAUUCAUUAAACAAAUGGCUGUAAUCUGAGGACUACCUGAAUUUCAGGCCUUUGUAGAAAGUGCAGUCUAGAGUUACAACAGUUCAGUUACAACAUCCUGGAAAAAAAGCGACUUACGAGUGUUUUUCCACAUUUAUUACCGUUGCAGCAUCCCUAUGGUCACCUGAUCAAAAUUCAGACGCUUGGUCACUGACUCAUAUUUACGACGGUUGCCGUGUCCUAGGGUCACCUGAUCCCCUUUGGCGACGUUCUGACAAGCAAAGUCGACGGGGGAAGCCAGAUCCACUUCACGACCGUGUGACUAACUUAACUGCAUUGAUUCGCUUAACAACGGUGUCAAGAAGGGAUGUAAAACGGAGGAAAAAUUCACUUAACAACUGUCUUGCUUAGCAACAUAACUUUUGGGCUCAGUUGUGGUUUUAAAUCGAGGACCACCUGUGUGGUGGAAGAAGCCUUCAUAGAUGGGGAACUGUUCAGUUCUGUUUGUGUGUUGUGUCUUAGCAUUUCAACCCUCCUGGUUGCAGAGGAAGUCCAGUAAAGGGAAGGAGAAGAAGCAGAAACGAUUGGAGGAGCGGGCAGCCAUGGAUGCUGUCUGUGCCAAGGUUGAUGCAGCAAAUAAACUGGGAGACCCCUUAGAAGCUUUUCCCGUGUUCAAGAAAUACGACAGAAACGGACUGAACGUUUCCAUCGAGUGCAAACGGGUCUCCAGUUUGGAUCCGGCUACUCUCGACUGGGCGUUUGAGCUGACCAAAACAAACAUGCAGACUUUGUAUGAGCAGAGCGAGUGGGGAUGGAAAGACCGGGAAAAACGGGAUGAAAUGACCGACGACCGGGCUUGGUACUUAAUCGCUUUGGAAAAUGGCUCCCUUCCUGUGGCGUUCUCGCAUUUCCGCUUCGACGUUGAAUACGGAGAGGAGGUUCUCUAUUGCUACGAAAUACAGCUGGAAAGCAAAGCAAGGAGGAAAGGCCUCGGCAAGUUUCUCAUCCAGAUCCUGCAGCUUGUGGCAAAUAGCACACAGAUGAAGAAAGUCAUGUUAACGGUCUUCAAACAUAACCACGGAGCCAACCAGUUCUUCAGAGAAGCUUUGCAAUUUGAAAUAGACGAUACCUCACCGAGCAUUUCUGGCUGCUGUGGGGAAGACUGCUCCUACGAAAUCCUCAGCCGGAGAACCAAAUUUGGUGAGAGCCAACAGGCUCACUUGGGGACUCAGUGUGGGGGCUGCUGCCAUUGAGGUACUCCUUCCGCGCCUUCCGAAAUAACUCCGUCGCCCUCCACGUAAGCGUGCCUUCCUCGCAGCUUCUCUCUUCCCCCCACGGCCUCUCCAAUUCUUGCUGCGUUCUCAAAAAGUCAAGAAGGGACAGAACUCCUGGGGUUACAUGCCGGAUCCCAGUAUCAGAGAUCCCACGGUCCUUUAAAUCAAAAGCCGAGAUGUACCUUUUAAGGCCUGAUCUUACUUACCUGCAGCCUGGAACUGAAGGUGGGGAAUCUGCCGAGGGGGGGGGGGGCUGUUUCCCCCCCCCCUCUUUUUCUUUUUUUCCAUGGAAAAUUGAUGAUGGGGUUCCUGCCUAAAGGCGUUGACAAGAAUUAGUGAGCCUUUCUCUGCGGAUGAAGGGUAGACUUUGGGGUUUGGCAGAUCAAGGUGAUUUGAGAUGGUUUCCUGUAUUCCUUCUGUGCCUGUUUCCCACUUUCGUGUUUGAAUAAUUUGCAACGCUGGGUUUACAAUUUUGUCGGAGAACUACAGCAGGUUUUGAAAAGGAUGUACUUCCUCUAAAUCAAAUCAUUGGGCAGAUCUUCGCCGGGUAUGUGUUUCAAGGCAACUCUAGUUGUCUGGGCUUAUAGGAGGAAGAGGGAUCCACACAGAUUUUUAGAACUGGAUCCCAAGUAAUGACAUGGUUGCAUCUGGUUAUAUUUCCCUCCUUGUGCAUUGGAGGACAAUAAUCCGCACGAAGGGAUCACUCCACGCAGCCUGCUCUCGGUCAGUCCCCAACUAAAGAUCUUCAGCCUAACUAAAAUGCCAUGAUUUCUUCCCAGCCAGCUGUGCUAGAAACAACUCGGAGCAGUUUUGUGGUCCGAAAGUUCCCAGUAGAAGCAGUUGUGCAAGAGCAAAUCAUUCCAGUUCACUAGGAAUGUGGUCCUUAUUGUUUAGGAAGUUCUCUUGUCCGUUGGUUUUGGAACUAAAAACUCUCAACAGACAUGGUCCCAUAAUAAUACAUUGGCUUAACCUUGAUUUUCCUUUUCGACUGUUUCAUUGAUGGAUUUCUUUCCCCCUCCCCUCCCCCCACCCCCCAAAAAAAAAACGGGGGAGAAAGGUGAUUGAGCAUGUUGAGUGUGGCAUGCAAAAUCCUUUACAUUUUGAAGCUGAAAUAAUACUUUUGUAUAUCUAGUGGGUGUUUCCUCAUUUUUUGCCUUUUUUUGGGGAUAGUUUUGUUUCACAGAACAAAUUUCAAGAUAACUACUUCUUAUUAAACCAGUAACUUUUUGCUGGAAUCAAAAGGGAGCAGCCUGAUUUAUUUUUAAAUGAAAAGGUUAACUGGAGUGGUGGGUGGUGGUGGUGCAGUUUGUCUCUUUUUUUUUAAAAAAAU